AUGUCCUCGACGUUCGACGCUCUCGUCGCCGACCUCACCCGCGAUUUCAACCGCGUCCAGCCCAGAGAUGCACUCCAGUUCUGCGCUAAUUGGUUCCAGUCUCGUCUAGAAGAGCAGCGCGCCCGCACCCGCGAUCUGCUCGCCACUCGCUCAGCGUCCAUCGCUGCCCCCAGCGACCUCUACACUGACAGCCCAGCCGCUGGCCUCCCCACCCUCGCCCCAUUCCCCCGGCCCCGCUCUUCUAUCCGCGACAGCAUCGCCCACAGCCCUUUCGGUACGCUCAAUGUCCCCGGCAACGCUCUCCUCACCACAGGCGAUCGCACACCCCCCUCGUUCCGUUUCAACCAGAACGAGCUUCCGCCCACCUCCCCACUCAGCAAUGCCAAUCCGUUUGCGGCGUUUGAUACGGCCACACCCACACCCCCACACCACCCGGGCGACUACCUGCAUGCGCCGAGCGCCGCCAUCUUUGCACGGCGCACAUCCGUGUCUGCAGAGUCGAUCGCUGUCGACAGCAGCACGGACGAGCCGCUGCGGGUGUACCCCAAGACGGAGGACCAGGUGAGACGCAUCAAGGCUGCGACGGGCAGCAACUUUAUCUUUCGCGAUCUGGAUGAGGAGCAGGAGACGGGGGUGCUCAACGCCAUGCAGGAGCGCAAGGUCGUCAAGAAUGAGAUCGUGAUCCGCCAGGGCGAUGUAGGAGAGUACUUUUACGUCGUCGAGUCUGGGCAGCUUUACUGCUAUAUCCACCCCGAGCCACUGCCGAGCAACUGGCCCCCAGAGGGCUCGAUCGCAAAGAGCGAAAGCAAGAUCGCUCAACAAAAGUACCACCCCGAGUUUGGGAAGAUGGUUCAGGAGUGCAAGCCGGGGAGCUCGUUUGGUGAGCUUGCGUUGAUGCACAAUGCGCUGCGUGCGGCGACGGUGCUCGCUGUUGAGCCGUCGAUCUUGUGGUCGUUGGACCGCAUCACGUUCCGGACGAUCAUUCUCAAGGCGGCGCAUAGGCGGCGUACUAUGUACGAGCAGUUUCUGUCUACGGUGACUCUGCUGUCGUCGUUGGAUGCACCUGAGCGGAGCAAGAUCGCAGAUGCGCUUGUCAGUAGUGUGUAUGCUGAUGGCGAGGCUGUUGUCAGGCAGGGGGAGAUAGGUGAUACGUUCUUCUUUAUUGAAGAAGGGGAAGCUAUUGUUACCAAGACGCAACAAACUGAAAAUGGGGACAUUCGCGAGGUCCAGGUAGGACAUCUCAAGAAGGGAGACUACUUUGGAGAAUUAUCGUUGUUGCGUCUUGCACCAAGGGCAGCUACUGUUAGUGCUAUAUAUCGGAAGGACGCAUCGAUGCCCAAGUUGAAAGUGGCAGCGCUUGAUGAGGCAGCGUUCACGCGACUUUUGGGGCCGCUACGCGAGAUCAUGGAGCGCAAGGCAGGGGAAGCAUAUGGAACGACCUUGAUGGACGCCCAAGUUCAGAAAAGACAAGGCUUCGAUUUAGGACUGCCUGGGUUGACUGAUAUCUUUCCUGGCCCAGCCAAGGAUCAUUCUACGUCCGCGUCUGCAACCUCAUCUUCGUCAAGUGUGUCUGCAAGCGCGACAGAUCCGUCUUCAUCCAGCUCCUCCUCGUCUUCUUCCAUCUCCUCCUCCUCCUCCACCGACUCAUCCACCGACUCGACUCCGGAGGUAACACCCACACCCUCCCCAGAAUUCUCAACCACAACCACCCAGUCCACCCGCACAGUCCUCGCACCCGCCGCCGACGCAUCCACCUCCGCCCAGCCCUCCGCAGCGCCCACACACACCGCCUUCCUGCAAAACAAAGUCCUCUCCGGGCUCGUCUUUGCCCUCGUCGGCGUUGUGGGCCUCGUCGUCAUCGUCAGUCUCCUCACAUUUUUCAUCCGCCGUAAGCGCACCCGCCGCUUCGUCGAGGACGCUGUCUCGUUUGACCCCGUCAAGAUGGGCGGAUCCGGGUACCCCGACGCGCAUGCGCACGCGCUAGAAGCGGGCCGGCAGCAGACGUACCCGCGCUCGAGCACGAGCACGGGGCGCGCGAGCAGUAAUGGGAAUGGUCCAGAGAUCAGACAGGCAGCGCCCUUUGCGGACUACGUCCCGCCGCCGCCACCGCCACCGCCGCAUUCGCAGAUGUACAACAACUCUUCGGCGAGUUUGAGGUCGUAUCAGUCGCAGCAGCAGCAGGCGUCAGCGUACAGUCAACCUUUCAACUGGGCUGCACCACCACCACAGUCGGUACACAAUGAUCCUUACAGAGGGCCUGUUGCUUGA